UUGAGUGUUGACGUGGGACCACUGGCCUUUGGUGGUGAACACUACCUAUAUAUUCCUUUGUAUCUGAAAAAAAAAUAAACGAAUUCCAUAGCAAUAUGACCAUGGAAAUGUCUGACAUGUCAUUAAUCUACACGAGGAAUCCUGUUUGGAAUGAUGCCAUUUUAUUUGUACUGUAUGUUGUUCACGAACUUGUUGGAGUUGUGAUACUUAUUAGUAUCUACCUUUUCCGAAAGAAAUCCUCUGCAUGUUUCUCUAACUAUGGAACUACUUCUAAACGUAGCACAGUUGAAACGGACCAUGAGCAUCUGUAUUAUAAAUCCAGUGUCAUUAAUGAAUGCACUGAAGGACAUGGACCAAGAUUGGUUCCACCAAGAGGCAAAUCUAGAGAAUGGAGACAAAACCUGUUGUUAAAACAUCACGAAUCAAAUCUCAGAAGAUUGAACAACUUGUUCAACAUAACAAUUGACACUUAUAAGAAAGACGAAGAUGAAGGGAAAAGUGAAAAAAGAAAAGUCCUGUUUUCAGAGAGGUUUCUUCCUGUAGAAACUUCAAUUAUAGUUUACCCAGCUCGCCAAGAUGAAGACAUGAGUUCAUCGACAGAAGCAACUAGCAAUAUCCACGGUUUGGAAGAUCACAGAUAUGUCCAGGAAGACGAAGAGAAUGUUGCUAAUCAGAGGUCAGCAGAAGAGUCAGAUUUCCAGGAAGAUGAAGAGAAUGUUGCUAAUCAGAGGUCAGCUGAAAAGUCAGAUUACAGACCAGAAAACAAGGAUUCUGAUAAUGGUAGUUGUUUCAGUUCUGGAAAGCUUGCGGAAGAUAAUACUUCAGAGUCAUUGGGUUUUAUUGGACAAAGUAAGCAGCCAGAGUUUGAACCACUGAAAAGCAGACUGCAUACAUACAGUGAGUUUCCUGAUCAUCUGAAAACGAAAGUACAAGACUUGGCAACUGCUGGGUUUUACUUUAAAGGUUACGAGGAUGCUACCCAAUGUUUCUUCUGCGGUGGAUGUUUAAAAGAAUGGGAAGAGCAUGAUGACCCAUGGGUGGAACAUGCCCGGUGGUUUCCUGAUUGCGGUUUUGUCAUCAAAAACAAGCAAAAAGGAUUUGUCAAUUUGGUACAGGAGAAACUAAGGCUUAGAUUUGCCGAAUCACAAAGACAACUUUGUCAGCAGCAGGACUCGUAUCUACAGCAGCAGCAACACAACCCCAUCAACAAUCUACAAGCUUCUAAAGGGACCGAAAUUUUACCAGAGGAAGUGAAUCUGCCUCACUGUUCUGGCAGAGACUGUAUCAAUCCUCCUGUACAUCCUCAAUAUGCUAGCCAUUCUGUUAGAUCCUAUACCUUUAAAGAGACCGAUGACCUACGAGGAUCAAAAAUGGCUGAAGCUGGGUUCUUUUACCGAGGUCAUGGUGUUAUCAUUUGCUUCAAUUGUGGACAUCACUUUACCUUGGAACAAGCAGACAAUUUGUGGAUUGAACAUGCACGAUGGCUUCCAGAAUGCUUUUUCCCGAACGCUGAACAGGGUCAAAGCUUUGUUACAGAUAGCCAAGCAACAUUUGAACAGUUGGAAAUUGGUGAGUUUGCAAUUGCAAAUGACACACGUCUCCAGACCUCACAACACCGCUUAAUAAGAACAUAUCGUCACAACAACUUAGAGACCAGUAAUCCACAGUCACCAACGGCAACUGGAUCUACCGAUCACCAGGAUCAUUCUUUAGACAUUUUGGAUAAUCUGCAGUUAACAAUGGCAGCUGGAUAUAGCAGUCACCAAGAACGUCUGUUAGAUGCUGGGGACAACAGGAAAAGAGAUAUGUCAAUGUUCUCUGUAACAAACUUCAAAAGAGACAAAGUGUUUAUGGAGGAUAAUGCGAGUCAGUGUAGACCAAAGCCUUCUGUGACUCGAGAGUAUUCAACAAACGGUAUCCAGACACAAGAGGGUGUACGAGUUAGACUUAGUAACUCUGUCUCGGUGGAGGAUGAACAUGGGCAGCCUUUAAGACCGUAA